AAGUGACAGAACACAAGUGGUGCUUUAUCCAGCCUGUCCCACUCUGGGUAAGAGGAAACCCUAAACUACUCCGACUCAACCAGCUUGGCCCUUUUUUUCGUACUCUUUCUUCCCUCUCUUUUCUCUCACUCCCGCGUGAGUGCACUCAGGACGAGAAUGGCAGCAUCAUCUGGACAGAGAACAAAUGGGCCCUCCAAAAUGUUGGCUUUCGCUUUGCUUCUCAUCGGCCAACUUUUGAGCGGAGUGAUGGCACAGGAUGGUGUGAGAGGCGAUGGGAUUGUAAAGACUACUGCAAAUCCUGGUACAAAACCACCAGGUCAAGUGGAGGUUCUCCCCACACCAGAGACAAACAAGCCUUCUCCACAGACACCUAAACCAGAAGGUGACAGCCCUUCAGACACACCAACCACUGUAUCUUUGGAGAAUACAAAAAAUAAUAUGAGUCACACAGAACCACCGGCUGUAAAUCCAGAUACCCCAGCACCCAACUCAGCCAGAGGGGACAACCUACCGGGGCCUGUAGAAGUCAUCUGCGUGACCAAAGACAUUGUGGAAGAAAAAAACGCUGUUCUUGUGAAACUGAAGUCAUCCACCAAAUGUGGAGACACACAGGCAAAAAUUAUAAAGGUUCUUCCUGAACUGUGUGGUGAAGAGUGUAAGCUGGAGAUCUAUCAAGAAGAUGACACAGAUCACGUGCUUGUGUCUGGGAAGUAUGUAGAAGAUGAUGUGAUAGGCAUGGUAAACAAAUUCAACAAUGACAACAUAAAGGACACAACUGGUGUCCACGGAGCCACUCCUCGCUGGCGGAAGAACUCAAAGUUGGUACUGGUUUCCUUACUGCUUUCUGGCCUGCUGCUGGCUGCGCUGCUGAUUGGAUUAUAUUACUUGAAGACGCACCGCAAGAACUCCAAAGGUGUCAGACUGGCUGAGUCUUUCCAGGUGGAUGAGGAGAACCAGGCCAACACCCUGGUAUCUGUGGCCCCACUGCCUCAGGAGCCUGCAGACAAACCUACCGCCAAUGGAGAGUCUCCACCUGAAAACGGGACCAAUCCCACCCCAACCACCAACGGACACUCUGCCACCCAGAACCCAGUGGCUGACACAGAGAUGUGAAUCAAGGAACGCCCUUCAACAUCCCAUUGUGCCAGUCACCUACUAACCUCUCUGUUUAUCUGAGACAAAUUCAACUUGAAUCAAUCACAAACAUUCACAUCUCCAUCUGCUCUUACUCAACCAGCAAGACUCCAUAUGAAGAUGCAAAUGAUGACGAAAUGAUGAUAGUGCCUGUAAUGUGAAAAGUUUGAGAACACUAAUCUUUGCAGAAGUUAGCAGAAGUCUGCUCACACUGACAGAGAGACUCUGAGUUUCAUAACUGUUCUGACUUCAGUCUUAUUGUGACAAUAUCUGUAGAAUCAUGAAGUCAUGCCAAGGAUGUAUUGUUGAUCUCUGACAAAGAAGCAGAAAAUCCUUUUGUACUUUAAUCCACAAAGUGAUGCCUUCUAGCUGAAAAUAGGCCUGAUGUUUUGAUAAAAAUAACAGACACGUUUUUUCUAUGCUUGUUUCAAAGAAUCCAUUGUUGCCUUGACGUGAAUUUAAAAGACAACCCAAACAGGUAUUUUCUCUUUGAACCCAAAGAUCACAUUAGUAUUAUUGUG